ACCCUGCCUAUCAUUUUCUCGACCUAAUAUAACCUCCAGGCGUGCUUUUGUUCGGGUUUUGUUCCAUUCUUCGCAGUCGCGUGUCCGCUAUCCGGUUCCAUAUUCCGCUCCUGACAGUCCGCCUGUAGUAUACGCUGUACCAUCAAGGUCUCUAAGCUUUUGGGCAUGGCAGAAAUAUUCUAUAGACCGUAUGUAGGCGAGUCUGAUUUACCGCACAUCAUGACUCUUGUGCAGAACGAGCUCAGUGAGCCUUAUGUCAUAUACACAUAUCGAUACUUCCUUCAUCAAUGGCCCGAGCUUUCUUUCUUGGCAUACCCUGCAGGGUCUUCUGAUCCGAUUGGCGUUAUCGUUUGCAAACAAAGCAUGCAUAAACAUGUCUCAAAUAGAGGUUACAUCGCAAUGUUAAGUGUGAACAAGAACUGGCGUAAACGAGGUGUAGCUAGCUCGCUAGUACGCCAUUCUAUCGAAGUGAUGAAGCAGCGAAAUGUAGUUGAGGUUGUCCUCGAGACCGAAUAUGAUAAUGCCGCUGCAUUGUCAUUAUAUGAAUCACUGGGCUUCAUACGGGAAAAGCGGCUACACCGCUUUUAUCUGAACGGGAAAGAUGCUUUCCGCCUUGUUCUUUCUGUUCCUCCCUCUUCGGGGCAGGGUUUAAAUCAAGAGACGUCCUUGAAGCAAAAUUAUUUGCGCAGGCUGUCAUAUUCCUCUUCCGUCGAUGAUGACGAUUAGUCGAUAGAUCGUGUCUUUCUCCCUCGAGCGAUCAAAUUCUGGGGGUGUGUUUCCUUUUUGGAAAGGAUGUGUUUGUUGUCUUAACAGUUGUAUUAUGAUCAUUUCCCUCCGUUAUCAUUGCUCUGCGCCGAUUUUUCAUCAACCUCUCCUCGAGAUCUCCCCAACUCCGUUAAUUCUUGUCUGUUAUGAAAUUCCAAUCAGCGUUUGUUAUUUGUAGAACUAUGGCAUCCUUAUGACAGC